GCCGGACAGCGACAAUGCCUUUAGUAGGUAAUAAUCUAUGAGCAAGUGAUAUUGGUUAAAAUGAUAAGGUUGCAUCGACAUGAAGCUGCGAUUCUGUCGCUGGGUUGUUGGAUGGUUAUGUGUUGCAUUUCUUUCGCUACCUGCGAUGACGUCCUUAUGCUUCCGAACGUGCGUACUACUUUGGAUGAUUGUCAUUUACGAUUUCACAAAUUGACUGCCUUGAGCGCUGUGAAACCGAUCUUCGGAAUCCCAGCCGUGUUGAAGGAAUUCGCUCAUAUGGGCGCAAUUGGUUGGACUGAAAGUGACGGAACUAUUUCGUGGCGCUGUGGCGGAACUUUGAUCUGGUAUAAUUUCGUAAUGACGGCAGCACAUUGUGCUAUUGAUUCGAAUGGUCGCCAGCCUGAUGUGGUAAGAUUUGGCGAUUUGAACAUCUACAGUUCGGAAGAUGAUGAAUUUGCUCAACAGUUGAGUAUCAGUGAAAUUGUGAGACAUCCAGAACAUCGCUUUGCAGCGCAUUACCACGAUAUUGCAUUGAUAAAGUUGGAAAAGAAUGUAAGUAUUACUGACGUAGUUGCCCCUGCUUGUCUUUGGACUGACAACGAGGUCAGAUUCAAAGUGCUUGAAGCUGCUGGUUGGGGUAGAACAGGUUUUGCUCAGGAACAGACGCCAGUAUUGUUGAAGGUAUCACUGAAACCAAUCAACAAUACAGAAUGCAGUAGUUUUUACUCGAAAUAUUCCGAUCGUAGGUUGCGGAAAGGUCUUCAGGACCACCACAUUUGUGCAGUUGACGAGAAAAUGGACACUUGUGAAGGCGAUUCAGGUGGUCCGCUUCAAAUCAAGCUGAUGCAUAACGGAAGAGUAACACCUUUCAUAGUUGGCCUAACAUCAUUUGGAACAGUUUGUGGCUCUGCGUCUCCCGGAGUGUACACGAAAGUGUCAUCCUACCACGAUUGGAUUGUUGAUACUAUGAAAAAACACGGGGCGAGCGUCGACAAAAGCAUCUUUAAUGCUACGUUUUGUGCACUGCGGUUUGUACACGUUCGAGAAUUUGAAGAUUCUGUCAUCACGCACAAAAGCGAUAAUUAUACGUCCGUGGAUACUGAUUUGCGACAUAUGUUUAUCAGCUCAAUGCCAUCGCACUUAGUGAAACUUGCUUGGAGAGCGGAGGGACAUGAGAACUGUUAUGGUGUAGUUAUAGACGAAGUAACUGUGCUGACGGUGGCCCAAUGUGCAGCUUUUAAUGGACAACCAGUCACACAUAUUCUGUUUUUGGGUACGAAUGAGAUGAACGUUUCUAUGGUACAUAUCCAUCCAAACUACAUUGAGGGUUCCGGUUAUAGCAACAUUGCUAUUUUGUCUUUGGAACAGUUACUUCCUCUUGCAUACAUCCAACCGACAUGCAUUUGGCAUGAUCAUAAUGUUCGCUACGAAAAAACCUAUGUAUUUGGGUUCGGCCGAGCGGACAUCAAUAGAAUAUUUUCUCCUGGUGAAAUUAAUUCAAGUAUUGCGAUUCUUCGACCACUUGUAACCUUCAAGAAUUCAUCGACCUGCAUAAUAUCUACCAAUUUUACUGAUCGGUUACGGAAGGGUUUAGCGAGUGAACAUAUUUGUACUGGAAAUGAUUUCUUCUUAGUACCGAAGUCAUGCGAACUAAUGAUUGGAGGGCCAAUAGACGAUGAAAUAGGAAUAGCCAACAAUCUCUACCCGCUAACUAUUGGAUUGAAUCAGUUCGGAAGAGAUUGCGGCUUUGGUGAACAUUCGGUUGCUAUUGGUCUAGCGAGCCACGUUGACUGGAUGAAAACAGUAUUACUGAAGAAUUAUGAUGUUGGCGGGAGUUCGUUGCAAUUCCUCGAUCCCGAUCUACAUUUAGGCGAUUCCUGUAUCAGUGAUGAAGGUAAAAAGGCACAGUGUGUAGUCGCUUCGACGUGUUCACGAAAAUGGAAUCAAUUUCUUUCUGCGCGGAAUAUUAAUUUUUGCUCUUCAACCUCUGUGAUUUGUUGUCCGUUAGAGGAUAUUGAAAAUGAUAUAGAAAUGCAUCCGGAUAUCGCAACCUGUCCAGAUAUUGUGAGAAAUCUUGGAUAUACGGUUGAAAACGGUUCUUUGGUCAUGAUAGGUUGGAUGGACAACACUACUAUUGAUUUCAGAUGUAUGGGUACCAUAAUUACGAAAAGUUUGAUUUUAACCACAGCCAGUUGUAUUGGACUAAAGGUGCCGUCUUUUGUACAACUUCUGGCAUUGAACGAAUCUGAGCCAAAUUUGAGAGAAGUAGAAAGUCGACUUAUUCAUAGUGGUUACAACUUCACUGACAAUAGCAACGAUAUCGCUCUGGUAAGAUUGAGACAGCCCCUCGAAUGGAAUUUUUCUGUGUUUCCAUCGUGCUUAUGGACUAAUAGAACGCAUACCCCUUUGGUAUUGAGUAUGGUUUACCCGCAUGGUAUCGACCCAAUCGUAAUGCUUGAUCAGCUAGUAAUAGCUAUGUAUAACUCGGAUUGUCAGCGAGCCCUUAACAGCACUUUGCACGAUUCACAGAUUUGCGCAAGAUAUCCUGGAUUUAUAAGUUCGUGCGUUUACGCACCAACCGUUUUGCAAUGGUAUCGUCACGAUUCAGUACAAUUUGUAAUUGGUUUAGCAUCAGUUGAUUUAGAAUGUGGCUACUGGGACUAUAUGCUAUUUACUAGAGUUUCUUCCUUUAUAAAUUGGAUAGGACAAGCUAUUGUUGAUUAAAAUAACUUUGCAAUCUCAUAGAUACCGGUUUUACGAGGGCGCCAGUACACUAUCUCGUCGAUUGUUAUUUAAAAGUAUAGCAACAGCUUAACUUUUUCAAAUUAUACAUUUGCAUACUUA